AUGGCAUCCGCACAGCAGGUCACACUCCCCGACGGACGGGUUCUCUCAUACGACCUGUCGGGCCCGGACUCGAAGCCCAUCGUCCUGCUAGCCAAUUCUCUCUCGGCGCCGUUCACGCUUUGGGACCGCGUCGUCAAGGUUCUCCACGACAACGGCUUCCGCACGCUGCGCUUUGACCAGCCCGGCCACGGCAAGUCGUCGGCGCCCAACGCCCUCGAUACCGAGUUCGAGACGAUAGCCGACGACGUGCACUUCCUCGUCAAAUCGCUCAAGAUCGACAAGCUCUUUGCGUGGGUCGGCGUUUCGAUGGGCGCGGCGACGAGCCUCUACUUUGUCACAAAGUACCCCGGCAUCGUGCACAAGGUAGCCAUCUGCGACACCAUCAGCUCGUCGCCGAAGGUGGCCGGCGUCGAGGACGCGUUUGGUCCGCGGGCCAAGGCGGCGGGCGAGGCCGGCAACAUGCGGGAACAGGUCGAGCAGACAAUGGAACGCUGGUUCGGCGCCGACUGGAUCAGGGCCAACCAGGAAGAGGCGAGCCGCGCACGCGCCAUCAUGAACCAGACCACGGUCGAGGGCUUUCAGACGUGCUGCCAUGCGCUGCAGAGCGACAAGUUCGAUAUCCGCCCGCUAUACGAGAGGGUAGGCUCGGGAGUCGACGAGGCAUUGCUGGUAGUGGGUGAAAAGGACGCGAACUUGCCGCAGGCCAUGAACGAGAUGCGAGACAAGGUCGAGACGGGGUUCAAGGCGGCGGGCAAGGACAACAAGGUUGAGCUCAAGGUGAUUGCGAACGCGGGCCACGUUCCGUUUGUCGACAACUUUGAGCAGUUCAAGCAGGUGAUCCUAGACUAUCUCAAGGCUUGA